AUGAGGGACCGGCUGGCGGAGCUGCAGCGGCGAGUGGCGGCCGAGGGGGACCCGCACGACGAUUCCCUGCGCCUCGACAACCCCGCGUUCGUCGGGGACGACGCCAGCCCCGUGGGCCGGGCGCUGCGGGAGGCGGCCGAGCUGUGGCGGGCGCUGGAGGGGCUGGAGCAGCUCUCGGAGAGCAUCGACAGGACGCAGCAGUCGGUGCUGUGCUGCACCUCGGAGGAGAGCAUCGCCCGCGAGAAGAGCGGCCUCGGCGCGGCCCGGGCCGCCUUCGCCCGCCAGGCCGCGGCCCUGCAGCCCCGGCUGGGAGCGCUGCCCGCGGCCCCGGUCGGGGGCUCGGGGCGAGCGGGGCCCCGCGUCCGCCAGACGCAGCUGUGGCUGCUGCUGCGCCGCUACGGCGCCGUCCUCGCCCGCCACUACGCCCGGGAGAGCCGCUACCGGCACCGGCUGAAGGAGCAGAUCCAGAGGCAGGCGGAGCUGGCGGGCAUCCACCUGGGCGCCCAGGACGUGGAUCUGCUGGCCGAGAGCCCCCAGGGGCCUCGCAUCGUCGGCCGCGACCUGGAGGAGCUGAAGGCCAAGCAUCACCUGGGCCUGGCCCAGGCGCGGCAGCGGCAGCUGCUGGAGCUGGAGGCGCAGAUGCUGGAGCUGCGCGGGCUGUUCGUGCAGCUGGAGGGGCUGCUGGCCCAGCAGCACGGCGCUGCCGACAGCGUGGAGCAGCACGUCCUGCGCACCCUCGACUACGCGGCCCAGACGGGCGGCGGGGUGAAGAGAGCCGCCAAAUACCAGCGGCCGUCGCGGCGCUCGGCCCUGCUGACCGCGGCUCUCGGCCUCUGCUCCUGCUGCCCCUGCCUGCCCUGCCCCGGCCGGGGCCUGCGCUGA